AUGGAUUCACCUAGAGGAUAUGGAAAUCCACCAAAAGGAUCUCCAAAAUUGACGAUUCAAGACUAUAAAGAUAAGCUUGGACGCAUGGAGUCCACACUUAUGGUUUUGCAAAUAAAAUUAAAAGCUAAGGAAACAGAAAAUUCGGAAUUAAAGCAAAGACUGCAGUUUUCUUCUCAUCAACCAAUCAUUUCAAAUAUCAAUACUGAUGAAAAAACAACAUCUCGAUAUAAUCAAUUACAAGACGAGCUUAUAAAGUUAAAAAUGCAAAACCAAGAAUUGGUGCAUACAAUUGAUGAACUUAAAUUCCGCAAUUCGUUCAUUUCAUCAAAACAAGACAAUUUUUCUAAAAAUCGCGGGAAUGGUAUUCAAAUUACGUCAGAUAUAUCGACAAGAUACCAAAACAGUAAUGACUUAGCUAUACAUGUUGAUAAAAUAACAAAAGAGCGCGAUCAACUAAAUAAUAGAAUCAAACAACUUGAAAACGAAAAGCUACACGAUCAAGCCGAAAUUAAUGACCUUAAAAGGGCGUUAAAAGAACAAGAAUCAGAUGUACCUUCAAUUCAAAUUGAUCAAAUGGACGGAAUCUUACGAGAAAACUCAGUUUUGAAACAAAAAAUAAAGGAACUUCUGGAAGAAAAUACAAGAGUGCACAAAGAAAAUCUUGAAUUAAAAGAAAAUUUAGAUAAUAUAAAAUUUUCAGAUAAUAAUGAGAAAAUACGUUUAAAUGAAAGAAUUAGAUCUCUAGAAUCUAUGAUAACUGAUCUAAAAAACAAAAUGGACAAGGAAACAGCAGUAGCAAUUGAAAAACCAAGUAAUUCCGGAACUAAUUCACAAAUUCAAACUUUGAAAAAGGAGAUAUCCAAACUACGCGAUAUCAAUGACCAGCAAAGCAUCGAAUUACAAGAUGUGAAAGCUCAAUUAUCUCAGAUGAAUACUCUUGAAAAAGAAAUCAGAUUCAAAGAUGCAAAAAUUGAAGAAUUAGAGAAGAAACUUGCAGAACCGCAAUCACCAACUGAUAGUAAAGAUCAUAAAGCAAUAAUAGAUCAGCUGACAAAAGAAAACAGCAGACUUAAAGCAGAAUUAAGAGUAAAAGGUUACUCAAAUAACAAAAAUCCUUCUAUUGAUGAAAUUGAAGAGGAUGCAAUGCGUGACAAGGUUGCGAAAUACGAAAAUCUUGUUACACUAUACAAUGAAAUAACAAAUCGUUACAAUAUAUUAUCAAAUAAAACAAGAGAUUAUGAUGACAAAUCAGAAAUAAUUUUGAAACUUCAAAAGAGAGUAUCACAAGCUGAGAUUGAUGAACAAGAUUUCAAACGGGCAUGCUAUAACUAUCAACAACAAAUAUCAACUCUUGAGAAAAAGCUAAAAGAUCUGUAUUCUCUUAUUAGAGCUUACAGCGUAAAAUAUGGAAUAGAAUUUGUUGAAAUUCCUGAUUACGAAGAUUAUAUUUCAAACAAGAAUAUUCCAUCAAUACCAACAAUAGAUACUGCUACACAACAAAGGAUUUUAAAGCUCGAAAAUGAUGUCAAAGAACUCCAAAACAAACUUAAAAUGGAAGAAGACAGCAAUAUCAAAUUGAAAGAUUUAAUGAAUUCUAAAGAAAUUGAAAUCAAAAGUUUGAGAUUAGAGAAUUCGCAACUUCGUGAAAGCUUUAUUGCAGGAGUACCUUCUCCACCAAGCCAUGAAAUAGCUGACCCUCUAACUCAAACAGCAGAAAUAGUGGAGCUUAAGCGAAAAAUUGUUGGCAUUAAUGAGCAAAGAGAUAAAGAUUUAGAAGAAAUUAACAAAUUAAUUGAUGAUAAUAGUUUAUUAGCAAAAGCAAAUAAAAAACUUGCAGAUGAGAAUGAGUUACUACGCCAGCAAAACUUAGAAUUAACAACCGAAAACAGGAGAUUACUUGACGAAUUAAGCAAUAUGAAACCAAGGAACAAAGAUUCUGAUAUCAAAGAACAAACUCAAGAAAUGGAGAAAUUUAUUGAACCAUCGUUUAAUCUCAGAAAUAAUAAUGAAAAACCAAACAAUGAUAAUGAAAAAGCACAACAAAGUCAACAGGAACUUGAAAAGCUGAAGUUACAACUACAACAAAAUGAACAAACAGCAAAGCAAAACAUCAUUGAUAUCAACAAUUAUAAGAAACAGAUCUCAGAAAAAGAUCAAACUAUUCUUAGACUGAAUGAUGACUUAAUCAAAUUACGAAAUGAUAUUCUUGAAAGGGAUGAAAACAUCAAGAAAUUAACUGAUGAAUUGAAGAACAUCAAACAGAAAUCUACAAAUGAUAGUAAAUCAUUUGAUAAUUUAUCACAAGAUCUGAAUAAUAAAAUCAAAAACCAAAAUGAAUAUAUUGAACAAUGUAAUAAGGAUCUCAACAAACUCAAAAUGGAUUUGCAAGAAAGUCUUAAAGUUAAUUCAGAUCUCAAUAACACAAUUCAAUUGCAGAAUACACAAUUAUCUCAGUUAAACAAUCAAAUUAAACAACUCAAUGAAACAAUCACAAAAUUAAAUGAUAUGAUUAAAUCAAAAGAAAAUGAAUUAAACAAUGCAAAUGCACAAAUUUAUGCAUUAAAUGAACAGAUAUCUAAGCUAAUGAAAGAAUCAGAUUCUAAUUCCAACAUUAGCGAACAAUUAAUGAAACUAAAUGAACAAUUAGUAGCACUUAAUGAAAGAGCCAAAUCUAAAGAAAAGGAGAUAGAUGAUGCGAAUAAACAAAUUGCCAAUCUCAAAAACGAAAUUCAGAAAUUGAUGAAGGAAAAUAGUUCAAUUUCUGAUUUGAAAGCUCAAAUUGAAGAGUUGAAUGCAUUGCUAGAUGAAAAGGUCAAAGAGUUAACAGAAUCUGACUCUAUGCUUGAAGAAUUAAGAGAUCAAUUGCUCAAACUAAAGAAAGAAAAUCAAGAUUCAAAGGAUAGUCAGCAAUUAGACAUUGAAUUGAAAGACAAAAUCCUUGAUUUACAAAAAGAAAACAUUAAACUCAAAGAAGAAUUCUCACAAAUAUCAGGAUCGCCAUCAAAUGAUAAAAAAGCUAUCAUUGCAUUAAGAAGACAAGUCUCAGACUUACAAAGAAUGAUUGAUGCGCAAAAUGAUAGCGCGCAAUUAAUCCAAUCAAGUCUUUCUCCUCCAAAUAACAGUGAUAUCUUGAAUUUGCAGAGAAUCAAUAGAAAAUUAGAACGUAGAAAUAUUGACCUUGAGAACGAAAUCAUUGAUAUCAAGAAAAAUGUUGAGAGAAACAUUUCGUUAAAUCCAAGCGUGAUUCAGUUGAAUGAUGUUGUGUUCCAUACCAUCAAAGAUCUUUUGGAAAGACUUUCAAAUGAACAUAAAGAGUUCAUUUCAGCUUUAAAAGAUGGCCCAUCUGACGAAUAUAAUAGUUAUUCUGAUAUAUAA